CAAUAUGCAAGCAACUCCGUUCCUGAGUACCAGCUGAAUCUCUUCACAACCAGAAAUCAAGCUCAGAGAGGAAGUUUAGAGCCUCUUCAUGUGAAGCUGCUCUUCAGGAUGUAUUGCAUCAAACUGUCAUCAUAGUAAACAGCAAGAAAGUAGAAUGGGAAAGGAAGAUGAAAGCUUUCAAAGCACGGAUGGAUAUCCAGCAUCAAGAAUCAGCAAGUGCCCAAAGCAAACUGGAUCAAAAAGGUCAAGAGUUUUUGAAGCUGACACGUAGUUAUAACAAGCUAUUAAAACAAAAAAAUCAUCGAAGUAGAGAAAUAAGUAAAGAAAGCCUAGAGACAUCAGUUCUUCUGAACAACUUAAAGAAGAAACUGGAGGAAUUUGAAGCAAAAUUGAGAGAAUGGGAUGAGGAAAAGACAAUCUUCCAAAAUCAUCUCAUGUGUUUAGAAGCUCAGCAAAAAUUAUUGUCUGAGAAAUGUAAUUCGUUUCAGAAGCGAACUCGGAGUUAUCAAUUCCAGAUAAGCAAUAAGGAACAAAACCAGGAAGAGAUUGUUAAAUAUGGCCAACCUGAAAGAGAAAAGGAUGGGUUAAUUGUUGAAAAGCUAACAGCAGCAGUUAAUGAAAUGACAAUAAGCAGGAAUAGAUUAGAAGAGGAAAAUCUGAAACAACUGAAAAUGUUCCAAAGCCAGUGCCAGUCUUCUCCUGAGACAUCCUUCCCUGCAACAACACAGAAGUUCCUUCAAGAGGAAGAGAAACCUACCAAAGAGUUUGAAGAAUGUUUAAAUUCACACCUUGAAGAACUGUAAGGACUUUCUGAAAACAUGCUUAAAAAAUACACCGGGCUUCAGCAAAGUAAGCAUGCUUAAGCUCAUCACACAACUAAGAAAAUAAACCCGCGUUUAAUCACUGAAGAGUUUCUUAAUGUUGGAGAUAUCCACAUAAUUUUGUGAGGACAGCAUCUCUCAUAAAAGCAGAUUUUAUUCAUGAUUGCAGUG